AUGGACCAGGACCCAAGGAGGAACUGUCUGGAGACAGGAGUGAUGAGGACCUGGAUCGAACCAGUGGUGGCCUCAGCACAGGUAGCCGCCUCCUUCUAUGAUGCGGGGCUGCUGCUGGUGGUCAAGAAUUACUACAACCUUUCAAGUUUCUCCAACCACACCAACUCCUCCAGCCCCAGGGGGGCCAGUGAGGAUGCUCAGCAGAAAGCCAUCUCCAACUUCUACAUCAUCUACAACCUUGUGGUGGGCCUCACUCCACUGCUCUCAGCCUAUGGGCUGGGGUGGCUCAGCGACCGCUACAACCGGAAAAUCUCCAUAUGUGUCCCCCUCUUGGGCUACCUCCUCUCCCGUCUCCUCCUCUUGCUGAAGAUCCUGUUGGACUGGCCAGUAGAAGUGAUGUACGGGGCUGCAGCCCUGGCAGGACUCUCAGGGGGCUUCACGGCUUUCUGGUCUGGCGUCAUGGCUCUGGGCUCACUGAGCUCCUCUAAGGGCCGUCGCUCUGUGAGGCUUAUCAUCAUUGACUUGAUCUUGGGUUUGGCAGGCUUCUGUGGGAGCAUUGCUUCCGGUCACCUCUUCAACUUGCUUCGAGUGGGCAACCGGCAAGGUGUCGUCCUUGCUGUCUCCAGUGUAGGCUGUGCCACGUUUGCCUUCCUCUAUAGUCUCUUUGUCCUCAAGGUCCCAGAGCCUGAGGUCAAGCCCAGUAAAGCCUUCGGUGUAGUGGACACUGUAUCUGGGACCAUAGGCACUUAUCGCACUCUGGACCCUGACCAUCCAGAGAAGAGAGGAGGGGUGGUGGAGCUUCCUUCCCUGCAGAAAGGAGAGCCUCGCAAAGCUAUCAUAGCUCUGCUUUUUGCGGGGGCCAUCAUUUAUGAUUUGGCAGUGGUGGGUACAGUUGAUGUGAUGCCCCUUUUCGUAUUAAGGGAGCCACUGAGCUGGAACCACGUGCAAGUGGGCUAUGGGAUGGCAGCUGGCUAUACCAUCUUCAUCACCAGCUUCCUGGGAGUCCUGGUCUUUUCUAGGUGCUGCCGGGACACCACCAUGAUCAUGAUAGGGAUGGUCUCCUUUGGAGCCGGCUCACUGCUCCUGACCUUUGUGAAGGAAACCUACAUGUUCUAUAUUGCCCGGGCCGUCAUGCUGUUUGCUCUCAUCCCAAUAACGACCAUCCGAUCAGCGCUGUCCAAGCUCAUCAAGGGGUCUUCCUAUGGAAAGGUGUUUGUGAUCCUGCAGCUGGCACUGGCCCUCACCGGGGUGGUGACAUCCACAACAUUCAACGAGAUCUAUCAGAUCACCAUGGAUAAGUUCACUGGCUUUUGCUUCGCUCUGUCAUCCUUCCUCGCCUUCUUGAGCAUCAUCCCUAUUGGGGUUGUGGCCUGCAAGCAAGGAGAGAUCACUGAGAAAUGA